UAUUUUGCCAUCACCAUCUGUCUGCUUCACGUCGUCGAGGAUUACAAAAAUAAAUAAUCUCUCUUAUCCGGGUAAAAUUUCAAUCGAAGAUGUUUUUUAAUCUUUGUUAUGCCCUCAACAUCUGACAGGCUGCGUGGAGAUUAGCCAAUCCCUUAUUCAAUACCUGAAGUAGAUAAUACUUGCCUUGUUCCAAGCCCAGUAGUUUUCGGAUGUGGAUACCGAACUGUUAAGAAGUAAGAAGGUAUAACCAAGCUUCAAACCUGAGACUCUUACUCUUAGAUAGGAAAACGGAAAUUGUUUUUCCAGUUUUUAUAAAUAUAAAUACAGGAUUUCAUCUUUUCCCAAAGAAUGGACUAACCGCUUCAUCAUUGAUAGAGCUACUUGUAAAGUUUACGCUACAAACAUUGAAACCAUGAGGUCUAUGAACAGAAUUGUGUACCGGAUUUCUCUUCCUGUCGCCUUUAUAAUACUUCUGGGAACUUUAUUCUAUGUCCAUUCAGGCGCCCAGAGGUACAUAAUGGAUAUUCCUUCAGACACGAAAAGGGAAAUGCCACCAGCUGUCUUUAUAGAGGAGCCUGAACGGAUGAGAGGUGCCCUGACUGUUCAGCAUGAAAACAUUUCUGCCGUUAACAAUAAUGCCGACCUCAACAUUGUCGACAACUUCAUACAAUCUCGGUUGGAAGCACGAAAAGAACAUUUACGUAGAGCUUGCUCUCGUAUAGAGGUACCGAAGUCCGUGGCCAGGCAAAGAGGGCUGGAGGUGUCGCUAGCUCAUGGGAAGAUCAAACUGUGUGGCCUAGAAAAGGUCGGAUCAACGUUUAUGAAAGGCUUGCACGCCUUGGAAGAGAAAGAGGACGUAAAACCAAGUAAUGUCACUGAAUUUAAAUCGUUUGUGAUGGUUAGAGAUCCGUACAAGCGUUUAAUUUCUGGAUACGUUGAUAAAAUCUUUACUCGGACCGAAUGGUGGUUAAGUCACGGAAGAGAUAUCGUGAGAAAUUUCCGCCUGCAGCCUUCUCAGAAGAGUCUUAAAUGUGGAUCUGAUGUAACUUUCGCAGAAUUUGUAAAAUAUUUCAUUCAUACUCAAGAAACCGGAAAAGAAAAAAAUGGACAUUUCAAGCCCAUGUCUGAAGAAUGUAGAUUCUGUUACUUUGAUUACGAUUUUAUUGCACAUUUAGAAACUGUUGAGGACGAUCUGGCUUAUAUUUAUGAAUCCAUGAACGCUACUUUGAAAGGUACUCUGAACGAUGAAGAAGUCACCCUCAAAGACAAGGCAUCCACUGUGGUGUCUUUCAGAGACAGUGUGACCAAAUGUGAGAAUAUGUGUACAAUGCUCAGCAGAACAUGGUGGUCUUUUCACGCCAGGGGUCUUAUUGCUAUGGACCUCCAGCUCCCCGUGAAGGGAGAAGACUGUAACACGAUCACACCUCAAGAGUUCGCCGAUAUUGCUUGGGACGCCCACCAGCAGUCUGUGGGGAGGGUUGACGUCUCAAAACAACGGCGCCAAAUGAUGGCCAGUUUGUACCUUCAGUUACCGCUCUCGGACAGGCUGAAAGUACGGAAACUGCUGCAGAGAGAUUUUGACCUCUUCGGUUAUGAGUCUACACCUCCUGAUUUAUUCCCAGAACUACAAAAGAACUCUGAAAAUGGGAGAGGAAGUGGGCAGAAUUUGUAGGCGGUUCUUGGAGUUGGAGGCGGAAGCCCUCGAAGUUUUCUCGUAGGCAGACGAAUCGGUCUUCCAAGACAACUAGGAGAGAAGAAAGUACGACAAAAUAUGUAUUAAUUACAUGAGACAGUCUAAAGUUGAAAUAACAAGUAAUGUUCAGUUGACCGCAUUCAAACCUUCUUUGUAACUUUGGAGGGCAGGACUUGAUAUGUUAUAUACUAUAAAUAAAUCUUCAAACAUUGCGUAUAAUGAUAUAUGCUAUAUGUAUAUGCAUAAUGUUUUCAUUUACACGUAUGCAUGUGUGUUUGCGUAUGUGUAUGCGUAUGCGUGCACACAUGACUGUGUGUAUGUGAGCGUGAAUGUGUGUG